CUUGAGCCUGUUGCCGUAGAGCAUCUGUUUUUCAGAUGUGCUUCUUGUUUGGAAGUAGAUUUUUCAUUUCAGAAUGGCAAAGUGGUGCACAGAGCUUAUUUGGAACAGGCUGAGAGUAACUUAGAACUGAAGACAUUGCACUGGGGAAGCUGUGUGCAGAAGCUUCAGCUGUGUGUGGGAGUGGAAGUGCAGACAGAUUAUGUUCCACUGCUGAAUUCCCUUGCCAUGUACGGCUGGCAGCUGACGUGCGUCCUUCCUACUCCGAUUGUGAAGACAAACAGGGAAGGGAAUUUAUCUACAAAGCAAAUUGUAUUUCUUCAGAGACCUUCUUUGCCCCAGAAAGCAAAGAAAAAAGAAUCUAAGUUUCACUGGAGGUUCUCCAAAGAAGACAUGCACAACAAACCAAUGAAGAAAUCGAGGAAGACUAAAUUAGGUUCUGGGGAGAAGCAGACGGCAGAGAAGCAGGAAUUUGAAGUCACGGAGAACACGAGAAACUUAGCAGCACAGCUGUCGGCCACAUCAGGGCCUGGCCCUGAGCAGCAGCUGGAUGGCGUCAUAGACUUGGGGGAUGAAACGGCUGGGGCUGACAGCAGAGGCACCCUCCAUGACGUGGAGUCAGAGGGCACGUGUCCUGCCAGUGCUGAGGCCGGUGACACCGGUGGCAGCAAGGCGCAGGCCUGUCCCAACCAGAGCACACCCGACUGCUGCGAGGAGGAGGAGGCAGCGGGGCAGGACUGCACACCCGGGCCUGAUGGCUGCCAGGGGGUUGACGGUGCAGCAGCGGACGUGGAGCCUUCUUGUGAGUAAGGCCAACAGCUCAGGGGUUCUGUGAGUCGUUGGUAUUAGCGAAGAGAAAAGAACAGAUCUCGCUCAUCAUCUUCACUAACUCCAUUGCUCAGUUCAGUAUUUCUUUGGUAUUGCACUUACUUUGCUCCUUAGCAUGCCAGUAUCUUGAUGUUAUAGGUAAGUACAGGGCCUGGGCUUUCUAAUGGCAAAAUUCCGUUCACUUUGCAGAGUAGGAAAGGCCAUCUUCUAGAGGUACAAUUGAAAUUAAAAAUAGGGACAGAAAACAGGCUUGGGCUUUUCUGUGACUGACAUGGCUCAAUAGUUUUAUAUCUAGUGCGGGGCAAACAUUCCACUUGGUCAGAAUUUACUGUCAUGUUUUCUUGUCCACGUAUCUUUGCUGGAGAAGUUCUCGUGCCAUAUGCUAGUUUGUCAUGAAGCUUGUAGUGUCAUGAAAACGGUUUUUGAGCUUAAACAGGCCAAAAUCUGAAAGCUUAGGUAAGACGACCAUAUCUAUAUUUGUCUCCAACAGCAGAGUUACCAGUAACAUUUUCUCCUGAAUUUUAUUAACUCUUGCAGAUCUUCAAGCAAUAAGCAAAUCAUAAACCUGCUUUAGGCAUACUGACUAAACAAAACUCAUGAUAAAUUUCUGUAAGGCAGAUGAUCUCAAUAUAAAAUGACAUUUUCUAUUCUAUUAAGCUUAUGUUCUCUUUGCCAAUCGAUGGUUCACUGGGGUUUCAGAAGAUAGGGAAACAGGACAAAUUAAGGCAGGUAAGAUGUGCUUCUUUCAGUUGCUUUCUUCACUAAAAUUGGAAUUUGAUGUCACCAUCUGACCUUCUCAUGUCAUUUUGCACCACUUAAUCAUUGUUGUAAAAUAUUAUGUGGGGAAAAAACUAAUGCAAAUAGCAGGGUAGUGGCCUUCGCAUGUCACUGAAUGAUAUUACAGAGUACAAAUACCUUAAUAGGGAGCUUUUUAAAAGAAGUAGUGGUAUUUUGGGACUGAUAGCUCACAGAAUUCUGUUACGCUACCAACAUUUUUUGUUUGGGGGGAGCUACGUUAAAAUAUUUACAAGUGAAUGUACAUGUGUAAUAUAUUCUCCAAGAGCUUCCGUGUUUCUAAAAGGUAGGAAGUAGUUGUUUCUCUCUUCUUUACCACCUUGAUCCCUGUUUGGAAGUGGUCAAGCAAUCUGAUAGAAAGGUGAGCUCAGUAAGCCAUUUGUUAGCUUUGUCCCUCAACUAGUUUGUGCCCAAUAAUUUUCCUGUCUUUAAACCAAAAUGCUGUACGGUGAAAGAACUGUGUCCUGCAUCAGAUGGACACCUGGAGUGGUUAAAAGCAUCUUCUGUGCCUGAAAAUCACACAGCUUGCAGAUCACUGCAGAGAAAGGAAACUCAUACCAUUUGGAGAAUUCAUUUAUCGGGACAAUGGCACUCAAGUUGAAAUCGUUCCAUUUCUUGCACACAAGGCACGGGAGGAUUUUUUUUCGCUGACUGAAGAGUAUUCAUUUUGAAUUUGGUGGGUUAACCACAGGACUGUAAGUAACUGGUGGUAUUUUUUAAUUAUUUCACUCUGUUUCUCCAUAUUAGGCUAAAGUUCCAGUAACCUCAAAAAUGUGUUAUUUCAGUUGUUCCACAUACAGACAAGGUCUCUGCUCUGGACAGUUCUAAGUAGCUGUUUGCAACUUUUAUUAGCAUAAGAUAUUUCUACUGAUGGUUUCUGUCUUAAGGACUAGCUUUAUAUUAAUCUUGUUUAAAAACAUACGGUAUUUAAUGAACAUUUUACUAGUAAAAAUGUUGCAAUAGAUUGAACUUGCCAAAUACUUUUGAAUAGAAAAUGUUUAUCGGAUUGCAAUUUGACUUUGUUUGCAUCCCAACUGCUUACAAAACAAGAGAAAUAAAGUUCAUGAGGAGGUUUCCUAUUUGUGGUAA